AUGCCGCACCGGCAAAGGGCAAGGGGGGCAAGGGCGCUGGAGGGGCUGGCGGGGGCGGUGGAGGUGGUGGUGGAGGCAGUGGAGGGAGUGGGGGUGGUGGUGGGAGUGGUGCUGGGGGUGGCGGCGGCGGCGGCAGCAGUGGAGGCGGCGGAGGCGGCCGUGGUGGCAGAGGGAGCGGAGGCGGCGGAGGUGGCGGAGGAGGCGGAGGUGGAGGAGGCGGCGGAGGCGGCGGCGGCGGCGGCGGCGGUGGUGGAGAGGGUCGCGACUCUGCGCAGAGGAGUGGCUCAGCGCGGUGGGGGUUUUGGUCCCUGCACUUAG